UUGUCUCGGAUAAAGAAGCUUUAUUUGAAGAGGAAUGUUCUGAAAAAGCUGCCUGCAGAUAUCUGGAAACUUGAAAAUCUAGUAGAACUUUACUUGCAUUCGAACAACCUUCAUCAGCUACCAGAUGGAAUUGGAAAGAUUUUGUCACUUGAAAAGCUAAAUGUUUGUAAUAACUUCCUUAAGAAUCUAACUCCAGCCAUUGGUCAACUGAAGUCACUGACAUCACUCCAUCUCGCAAACAAUCAGUUGUCAUUUUUGCCCCAAGAGCUUGGUAAUCUCACAAAUUUAAGGGAUCUUAAUGUCAUGAAUAACAAGCUUGAGUGGUUGCCAUGGCAGCUGUGCAAAUGUGUAUCCCUCAACAUUCUUUCAUUUGAUGGCAAUGCAGUUCAGAAGAUUCCUCGUCAGUUAUUGAGUCAUAAAGGACUGAAGGAACUUUACGCAAGUGGGAACAAUAUUUCCACUUUGCCUCAAGAUUUGAAUCAACUCAUCUCAUUGGAAUCAUUAAUACUGGAUAACAACAGUGAACUUCAUCUGUUACCAGCAACACUCCUGAAAAUGGAGAAUUUAAAGAUGAUUGGGCUUAGUUGUUCCUUUCAAAAGCUGCCAAGAGUACAUCAGAAAGAUUCCCAAGAUCUGCAUCAAGUUCUUGAUUUAGGGCUUGUCCUUAGAAAGAAUGAUGGAAGUAUACUACCUCUUCUGGAAUUGUCCUUAAGAGCGGUUUACACCCUUGUUCAAUCGCUCAGCGAUGAAAACCUUUGGUCUCUUCGUCUGCCACCUCACUUAGCCAAUCUUCUGAGCAUACCAGCUGGACACUGCUUCGUUUGCUGCAGUCCUUACUUCACAGCGGCAUUCCUCCUGGAAGAAAGCGCUGACAUGGCGCUGCGUGUUGUAAAGCCCAACUCAGAAAGCUUGCAAAGAUUGCGUGACGUGGCGUGUUCGUUUGUCUUUUGCUGCUGCUCAAGAAGUUGUUUGGAUAAAGUGUACAGGUUGCGUGACAAUCUUGAUUAGAAAGGAAAUAUUAACUUAUUAGCGUCCGAGGCCGUUUAAUGACUUGUUUAAAUUACUCAGUUCGAAUUUUUCAGCCAACAUUAACGUAAUGCAACAUUCGUUGCAACAUAUCUUUGUACAUGUAGUGGGGAAAAUCUUCAUUUGAUUAGAGCGGAGAACAAAGUUCUUAUUUUUGCUCAAAUUAAUCAUUAUAGAAAUGAUGUCAUCGCUUUUUAAAAGUUGACCGUUGGAAGGUUUACUUGGAGAAGACAAAACUUAGCACUUGUGUAAAUAAGACAGUCGUACAGUUAAAAUUAAUCAAAAAGUUAAAAAUGAUAAACGUUCACUCCCUUUCCUCGAGUGUGUUUUUGCUCUGUCAAUUCCAAACCCCACCAUCCCUUCCCUGGGGUUUUGCCAGUCAUGUAGCAUCAUUUCUUGCCCCAGAGUAGGGCAUUUGCGUUAAGGGGGGAUUUCACCUGAAAUAUGCCCUUUUUUUGCACAGUUGCCACAACCCUGAUUUUUAUGAAAACCCUAGCACUGAAAAGCU